AUGACGGCUCGCCUGAUGCUUGCUGUGGGAGGAGCGGUGCUGGGUUCCUUGCAAUUCGGCUACAACACCGGCGUCAUCAACGCCCCACAAAAGGUGAUUGAGGACUUCUACAACCGUACCUGGCUGUACCGAUACGACGAGCCCAUCAGCCCUGCCACCCUCACCACGCUCUGGUCCCUCUCUGUCGCCAUCUUCUCCGUCGGAGGCAUGAUCGGAUCCUUUUCCGUGGGGCUCUUUGUCAAUCGCUUUGGACGGCGCAACUCCAUGCUGAUGUCCAACGUUCUCGCCUUCAUAGCAGCCGUCCUCAUGGGUUUCUCCAAGAUGGCUUUCUCCUUUGAGAUGCUCAUCCUUGGCCGCUUCAUCAUCGGCCUCUACUCCGGCCUCACCACUGGUUUUGUGCCCAUGUACGUGGGUGAGGUGUCGCCCACUGCGCUGCGUGGCGCGUUGGGGACCUUCCACCAGCUUGGCAUCGUCUUGGGCAUCCUCAUCGCACAAGUGUUUGGUUUGGACUUGAUCAUGGGAAACGACUCGCUCUGGCCACUGCUUCUGGGCUUCAUCUUCGUUCCUGCCCUGCUGCAGUGCAUCAUCCUGCCCUUCGCCCCCGAGAGCCCCCGCUUCCUCCUCAUCAACCGCAACGAGGAGAACAAAGCCAAGAGCGUCCUCAAGAAGCUGCGGGGCACAACGGAUGUCAGCAGCGACCUCCAGGAGAUGAAGGAGGAGAGCCGGCAAAUGAUGAGGGAGAAGAAGGUCACCAUAAUGGAACUCUUCCGUUCCCCCAUGUAUCGCCAGCCCAUCCUCAUCGCGAUUGUCCUGCAGCUGUCCCAGCAGCUCUCAGGGAUCAACGCGGUCUUCUACUACUCCACCAGCAUCUUCGAGAGCCUCGUCGGCCUGGGGGGGAUGGCAGGGUGUGCGGUGCUCAUGACCGUCGCCCUGACGCUGCUGGACCGAAUGCCCUGGAUGUCCUACCUCAGCAUUGUGGCCAUCUUCGGGUUCGUGGCCUUCUUUGAGAUCGGUCCAGGCCCCAUCCCUUGGUUUAUUGUGGCGGAACUGUUCAGCCAAGGCCCUCGUCCCGCUGCCUUCGCUGUUGCUGGGCUGUCCAACUGGACCUCCAACUUCAUCGUGGGCAUGGGCUUCCAGUACAUCGCGCAACUCUGCGGCUCCUACGUCUUCAUCAUCUUCACGGUGCUGCUAGUCCUCUUCUUCAUCUUCACCUACUUCAAGGUGCCAGAGACAAAGGGUCGGACCUUUGACGAAAUCGCCUCGGGUUUCCGUCAGGGGGGAGCGAGCCAGAGCGACAAAACCCCGGAUGAGUUCCACAGCUUGGGUGCCGACUCCCAGGUCUAA